CUGAUGCGAGAGGAACCACAACGGAGAAGAAAAUAACGCUUUACAACGCAGAAAUAACUACCAAGACGCGCAAGACCCCAGCGAGCACUGCGCAGCCUGUAAAUCACCACCAAAACCCCCCUGUCAGAUCUGCGUCCGGCGGAUGCGGGACCGGCGGGAGAGGACGCGGGGAAAGACGGAUGAGGAUGCGGCGCUGCGUGCGGAAGGAUGGAGCUCAGCAUCAGCAGCAGCAGCAGCAGCAGAUGAAGCAGACCUGGAUGAUAGCAGAGCAUCUCCUCACACUGACACACAAGCGGAUAUGAAGCGGAAAUUUUCUUACCUGUUUGUUUAAUAUAUUAAGAUUGUGUCAGUUUUACCUGUGAUCCAGGCCUGAAGGCGUACGCGUGUGCGUUCACUUAUAAACACUAGUUAGGAGGAGUUUGUCAUGACAUUAUGGUAGAUGCAUCUAGAAACACCGCGUCCUGCACAGUGCCUGUGUGCUGAAUGAAAAGUCUGACCGAUUGAGAAGAGCGACUGCUAUUAAUGUCUUUCCUGUCAUCUGAAAGACAAAACGGGCCCGUAUGACAGCUUUUAGGGAACCCCGAGCUCAACAUGGAUAUAUUUCCGGGUUAUUGCAGACCCUUGAGAGAUUAUUUUAUUAAAACUUACCUCAGAAUCGGCGGGCUGUGGUGAUAUUGCAGGCUGUAGCGCGUUUAGCAGGAGUCAGGAUGUCUAAGGAACUGUCAGUGACCCAGGCAGCUCAGUAUGUGGGGCCGUAUCGGCUGGAAAAGACUCUUGGGAAAGGCCAGACAGGUCUGGUGAAGCUCGGGAUUCACUGCAUCACUGGCCAAAAAGUAGCCAUCAAAAUAGUCAACAGAGAAAAACUCUCAGAAUCUGUGUUGAUGAAGGUGGAGAGAGAAAUUGCCAUUUUAAAACUGAUCGAACAUCCACAUGUUUUGAAACUCCACGACGUUUAUGAGAAUAACAAAUACCUAUAUCUGGUGCUGGAGCAUGUUUCUGGAGGAGAGCUGUUCGAUUAUUUGGUGAAGAAGGGCAGACUGACGCCUAAAGAGGCGCGGAAGUUCUUCAGACAAAUCAUAUCGGCGUUGGACUUUUGCCACAGUCACUCCAUAUGUCAUAGAGACCUGAAGCCAGAAAACCUCCUGCUGGAUGAGAGGAACAAUAUCAGGAUUGCAGACUUCGGCAUGGCUUCACUACAGGUGGGAGACAGUCUGCUGGAGACAAGCUGUGGAUCUCCUCAUUACGCAUGUCCAGAGGUGAUCAGGGGUGAGAAAUAUGACGGUAGACGGGCUGACGUGUGGAGCUGUGGAGUCAUUCUCUUCGCUCUGCUAGUGGGCGCGCUGCCCUUCGAUCACGAUAACCUACGCCAGCUGCUGGAGAAGGUGAAAAGUGGCGUCUUCCACAUGCCCCAUUUCAUCCCACCCGACUGCCAGGCUCUGCUGCGAGGCAUGAUCGAGGUCAACCCCGAAAAAAGACUCACGUUAGAGGCCAUCCAGAAACAUGCCUGGUAUCAAGCCGGACGCAAUGAGCCGUGUCCGGAGCAGCCUCCCCCCCGACGGGUGAGCAUGGGCCGGAUCAUGUCUCUGACUGAGCUGGACCCAGAUGUGCUGGACAGCAUGUAUUCCCUGGGCUGUUUCAGGGACCGUGUCAAACUAGCCCAAGACCUGCAGUGUGAAGAGGAUAACCAAGAGAAGAUGAUCUAUUAUCUCCUGUUAGACCGUAAGGAGCGCUAUCCCAGUUAUGAGGAUGAGGAUCUUCCUCCCAGAAAUGACGUUGACCCUCCUCGUAAGCGUGUAGACUCCCCCAUGCUGACCCGUCACGGCCGCUGCCGGCCCGAGAGGAAGAGUCUGGAGGUGCUGAGUGUGACGGAGCAGGGCUCUCCCACACCUCCACGCAGAGCGCUGGACACCUCCACACACAGCCAGAGAUCCCGAUCUGUCAGUGGAGCAUCGACUGGCCUUUCUUCUAGCCCUCUAAGCAGUCCCAGGGUCACCCCUCAGGGCUCCCCCCUGCCCACCCCUCUGGGUACCCCAGUGCAUCACCCCCACCCCCCCACUGCUACCCCUCCCUCCUCCUCCUCCUCCUCUUCUUCCUCCCGAGCCGAGGGAGGGGGAGUGGGCGUCGGCUCACUCUCCUUGACCCCGCCCUCUAGUCCAGGGGGAGGUGGUGGCAUGGCGGCCAGUAGCUCCGCCCACUGGAGGACACGCCUCAACUCGCUGAAGAACAACCUGCUGGGGUCGCCGCGCUUCCACAGGCGCAAGCUGCAGGUGCCAACCUCAGAAGACAUGUCCAGUCUAACACCAGAAUCAAGCCCAGAGCUGGCUAAAAGGUCUUGGUUUGGAAAUUUCAUCAGUCUGGAGAAAGAAGAGCAGAUUUUCGUGGUCAUCAGAGACAAACCCCUCAGCUCCAUUAAAGCCGAUAUCGUCCAUGCCUUCCUCUCGAUUCCAUCCCUCAGUCACAGUGUAAUCUCCCAGACCAGUUUCCGAGCAGAGUAUAAGACUUCUGGAGGUCCGUCUGUCUUCCAGAAACCCGUCAAAUUCCAGGUGGACAUCUCCUUCUCCGAGGGGGAGCGAGAGAGAGAGCGGGAGCGCGAGAGAGACGGACAGAAGGAUUUCGGGAUCUACAGCGUAACCUUUAGCCUCAUAUCAGGUCCAAGUCGCAGAUUUCGAAGAGUUGUGGAAACCAUUCAAGCCCAGCUGCUCAGCGCUCAUGAUCAGAGCAUGGUGCAGACUCUUUCAGCCUGUUUGUGCCCUUCGCCAGAUGAGAAGAACAGUCGGCCUCCGAGAACUCCAACCAGACAAAACUCCCGGCGCUCAGAGGGCGGAGCCGACCGCUGCGAGUGGGUGGAGCGUGGAGAGGGCGGGGUUUUACUGCAGCGCAGAGGCUCGGGCAAAGAACGAACCCGCCUACUUUCCUCCAGUGGAACACAAUCACAGCCCUGAGUGAGGAUUAUUGUGAAUAAUCAGCAAUUCAUCAAGAUAUGAGCCAUGAGACGAGACAAAACUACUCAAACUAUAGUCCCUUUCCCCUCUCACCUCAGAACAGCAUGAUGGUAACAAUGUGUUUUUAAAGGAGCUUUUUAAAAGUCUAACGAAACCAAAUACUGAUACACAUCGUGCAGGAACAUGGGAUGCUUCGAAGCAAGAAUAAUCUCCAACGAACAAUAACACCACCUCCUGGGAUCCGAGGAACACCUCUAAACUGUCUUCUGAAAUCAUUUAAUUUGUCGACACGAACAAUGCGUUGAUUUAUGCUGUAUUUUCUCUCAUGUGAUUUGGAUGUAAUGUGCAAAACUUGAGUCUUUAGAGUUUAUAAUGACAUUCGUGAAAGGUCGCAUUUGGUGGAAGCUCACCAUCUGCUCCCUACAGGCCUGCUAUCUGUUUCCGCAAUCCAGUAAUUAUAGCAACAGAGAUCUUAGUCCAACUUAGCCUGAGUUUUUAUCCUCCCAAUCAUGUUUUAAAGAAACUAUUUAGAUCCAAAAGCUCUCAGCACCAAGAGUCUGCUCAGUCAUAUGCAAUAAAAAUCAAUAAGCUAAAAAGAUUCAGCUUAACAAAGCUGCACAUGCUGAAUCUUUUAAAACAUGAUUACCUCCUUGAGCGGACAGACUCAUGAUGAUUUUAUGAACCUAAAUAAGCACCGUUGCUCACCAGCCCAGUGUUGAUAUCUAUAGACAACUUCAUUGUCACUCUCCAUAGUAAUGCUGCAUGCUAAAUAACGUCAAGCUUCAGCCCCUAAUGACUGAUUGCGAUUGUAAAACAUUUCUGCGUGUUCGUUUACUCAUCUAAAUCUGCCCUCGAUUUACCCUUUUGGCAGCUCAAACGUCUCACUGAGGAUUCCCAUGACUGAGUUCAAAUAUAAAGAUUCCCUUUUAGAUGUCAAAGGAAAUGGGAAUCUCUCCAGAAUGCGAAAAGGAUGCUCAACCCAAUUCUCUGUUGCUGCAAGACCUUUGGUUGAAGCCAACCAUGUGAAUGUCGUUGACUAAUUUAUUUGUGGAUUUUGAUUUGUUGAAGGUUAAUUAUUUGUUUAUUGGGGACUGAGUGUGUGUAAGAGUGGCCGUAAGUGUACAUAUCUGUGUUUGAGAGCGAAUGAAAUGUUUGUAAUGUUAAAAUACAUAUUUUGGGGCAUACAAUAAUUACACUUAAAAAUAAAGGUUCUGAAAGGAGGUUGUCACAGCUAUGCCAUAUCAGUUUUAGUUUCACCUUUUAAGUGAAUUAUUUUUUUAAA